AAAAAUAAAAUAAAAAGGAGAAAAGAGUAGAGGAGAGAAUUUGUUCGGGCAAGGAAGGUCAUUGAUGUGUCAAUGUUACGCACAGCGCAGGGAAAAGAGAGCAGAUAAUAAUAAAAGGCUCUCUCUUUCUUUCUCUCUCUCUCUCCUCUCUAAUCUUUAAUCCAGAGGAGAAGAGAGGUUUCCUCUAAUUCCCCGGAGAAUCUGGAGCUAAAUCUUUUUCACUUACCUUUCUUUUAAUUCUUCUUUGACAAGGAGUAGUAGCAAGAAAACCCUUUUGGAGAUUCGUUUGUGUUUUCUCUGUUUCUUUUGUGUGUGUGUUUGAGCUGUCUUAAUAUUUGAUCAUGGAGAGAUCUAAUUCUAAAGAUUUCUAUAACUUCGCUCGGACGACUUCUUCAGAUAAUAAUAAUGCUCUUUUUGACGCAUCUCAAUAUGAGUUCUUUGGUCAAAGUCUUGAAGAAGUUGAAUUGGGUGGUCUUGAUGAAGAUGCGUCUGUUCGUGGACAUGUUGAUGAUGAAGAGUAUCACUUGUUUGAUAAAAGAGAGGGUGCUGGUUUAGGAUCUUUGUCUGAGAUGGAUGAUCUUGCCACAACUUUUGCAAAGCUGAACAGAAAUGUUACUGGGCCCAAACACCUUGGAGUAAUUGGUGACAGAGGAUCAGGGUCCUUUUCAAGGGAAAGUUCCACUGCUACAGAUUGGACACAGGAUAAUGAGUUCACAAGCUGGUUGGACCAACACACGCUUGAAGAACAAGCUCAGGAAGCUAGUUGGCCUUCACAGCCACAGUCAUCUGCCAAUUCAAAUUCUCUGUACAGGACAUCCUCAUAUCCUCAGAAGCAAACACAGCUGCAACAUUACAGUAGCGAACCGAUUAUUGUACCAGAAUCCGCGUUUACAUCUUUUCCUUCGCCUGGCAAAAGAUCACAACAGUCUUCACCGAGCCAUAUUCAUCGUGCUCCUUCUCUUCCUGGUGGUAGUCAGUCGAAUUUUUCUGCUCCAAAUGCAUCUCCUCUGUCAAACUCGACUUACCAUCUUUCAGGAUUGUCACAUGGACCGCCGCAUUACGGUAGUAAUUUGGCUAGAUAUGCCUCAUGUGGUCCUACUCUUGGUAACAUGAUGCAACCUCCUCACUGGGUGACUGACCCUGGCCUUCUGUACGGUGAGCAUUCGGGGUUGUUACACAGUCUAGUACAACAGCAGCAUUUGCAACAAUUGCCUCCUCGGAAUGGUUUCACUUCUCAACAGUUGAUAUCCCUUCAGCAGAGACAAUCUCUAGCUCAUCUCGCUGCAUUGCAAUCUCAACUGUAUAGUUCCUAUCCUUCUCCAUCACAAAAAGCUCCUUUUGGUGUUGGUGAAGUAAGGGAACACAAACAUAAAUCAUCUCAUAGAAGUCGAAAGAACCGAGGCAUCUCCCAACAGAACUCGGAUUUGGCUAGCCAGAAAAGUGAAAGUGGGUUGCAGUUUAGAUCAAAGUACAUGACUUCAGAAGAGAUAGAGAGUAUUCUCAAGAUGCAGCAUUCCAAUUCUCACAGUAGUGACCCUUAUGUUAAUGACUAUUACCACCAAGCUCGGCUUGCCAAAAAGUCAGCUGGAUCAAGAACAAAGCCUCCUCAGUUGUAUCCUUCUCAUUUGAAGGAUCACCAAUCCCGGUCCCGUAAUAGUAGUUCAGAUCAGCAACCACAAGUUCAUGUGGAUGCUCUUGGAAAGAUUACACUUCCUUUUAUUUCCAGGCCACGAGCCUUACUCGAGGUUGACUCUCCGCCUAGCUCUGGUGAUGGAAGGUCUGGUCAUAAGGGAUCUGAAAAGCAUCUGGAAGAUGAGCCUCUUGUUGCAGCUAGGGUCACUAUUGAAGAUGCUUUUGGAGUUCUUAUUGAUAUAGUUGACAUUGAUAGGACUCUCCAAUUCAACAGGCCACAAGAUGGAGGAGCUCAGCUCAAGAGAAAACGACAGAUCCUGCUUGAAGGAUUAGCAACUUCACUUCAACUUGUUGAUCCCUUCAGCAAAACAGGCCAGAAAACAGGAUUAACCGCCAAGGAUGAUAUUGUCUUUCUACGCAUAGCUACACUUCCCAAGGGUCGGAAACUGCUCACAAAGUAUCUACAGCUUCUUGUCCCUGGUACUGAGAUUGCUCGUGUUGUCUGUAUGGCUGUAUUCCGCCACCUCAGGUUUCUCUUUGGUGGUUUACCGUCAGAUAGCCUUGCAGCAGAGACAAUAGCUAAUCUAGCUAAAGCAGUUACGGUUUGUGUUCAAGCAAUGGACCUCCGAGCACUGAGUGCUUGUCUUGCAGCUGUUGUUUGUUCUUCAGAACAGCCACCACUCCGUCCCAUAGGAAGCCCUUCAGGUGAUGGAGCAUCAGUUGUGUUGGUAUCUCUCCUUGAGAGAGCUGCUGAAGUAGUAGUAGUAGUGGCGGCGGUUCCACGUGUCAACAACAACUCGAAUGAUGGACUCUGGAGAGCUUCGUUUGAUGAAUUCUUCUCUCUUCUUACUAAAUAUUGCAGGAGCAAGUAUGAGAUGAUCCAUGGUCAGAACCAGGAUAAUGCAUCUGAUGUGUUGGAGCUAGCUAUAAAGAGGGAGAUGCCUGCUGAGCUUCUACGUGCGAGUCUACGUCAUACUAAUGAAGACCAGAGGAAUUUCUUACUAAACUUUGGUCGUAGAGCAUCGCCAGUUAACGAGUCAACAACAACAACCCGCGCAAGUGGUGGUCAGAUCAAGUCAGAAUUUGUGAGGGGUUAAAGUUUUAAUAACCAUAUAGGAAACAAUCAUGGGCGGUGGUGUGAGUGGCUGCUGGUGUAGAAGGGCUCAGGUGAUAAAAUGUGUUGUUCGUUUAGAUUGGUGCGUUUUAGUUGUCUUUGAACUUCUUCUUUAAGUUCCUCCUUAUGGUGGUUGAAAGCUGGGGAAAGGGAAAAAAUGAAAGUGGGAGUUGGUAAAAACAGGAACUGAAUUCUCUCCGGAGGAGCUGUAUUUUUGUUGCUCUGUGAUGGAAAACUCCUUAUCUGGUAGGACUCAUUUAGGGUUUUAGGAGUUUGGAAGGAGACUAGUGUUUGUGACCCCUGUAUAGACUGAUGGUGAAUGGUGAUUGGUGUACGAUGAUGCUGAUGGUGCUGCUUUAAUGGUGAUGUGAUGGUAUUGGUUUGACAUGUGAUGGUGAAUUGUGGUGGCGUAGCUAAGAGGUCUUUUGUUGUCUUAGCUUCUUGUGGGUCUGUUUUCAAAUAUGGGCAUUGUAAUAAUAAGGAACGCAAAGUUUUUAAAACGUUGUUUCUUUUGGAUCAUAUGUCUCGAAUGUAUACUUCUGUUAUUUUGUAAGAAGUUGAAAACUUGAAAUGUUGUUAUGCUUUUAUGCAAAGCUUAUUGGUACUA